UGCCCCAUAGAGAAGCAAGCGGCUAUGGACCAAAAGUGGCUGCUCUGGCUGAUGCUGUCUGCCAUUGUAGCUGUUCAGCACAUUGAAGCAAAGUCUGCUGUGAAUGUGUUGUGGUCGAUGCCCCAGAUUCCUGAAAAAAUCACAGGUGUGAGUCCCAUACACAAUGGCCAGGUUUGCAGUACAUGGGGAAACUACCACUUUAAGACCUUUGACGGGGAUGUCUUCCAGUUGCGCUCCACUUGCAACUAUGUCCUGACCUCUUCAUGCAGGAGUAGCUACAAUGAUUUCAACAUUCAGAUACGUCGACAGGAGACUGUUGGCCAUCCCAGCAUCACACACAUCAUCAUGAAGCUGCAGGGCUCCAUAGUGGAACUCUCCAAAGGCUCUGUGGUCAUUGAUGGCAAAGUAGUCAUUCUACCCUUCAGUCAAGCUGGCGUACUCGUAGAAAAAACUCCCACAUACAUCAAAAUCAAAGCAAAUGUGGGAUUGGUCGCAAUCUGGAAUGAGGAGGAUUCAUUUCUGGUGGAAUUAGAUCUGAAGUACAAGAACCAAACAUGUGGCCUUUGUGGAGAUUUCAACGGGGUCCAGAUCUAUGAUGAGUUCUACAGCCACGGUGUAAAAAUAUCAGCUUUGGAUUUUGCCAAUUUCUGGAAAAUGAAUGGUCCUACGGAAAGCUGCUCUGUUUCAACACUGGAUUCUCAAGCACAAAGCUGCGAUAACAUGAAACCUCUGUGUGAGCACAUCCUUACUGGACCUGCCUUCAGGAGCUGCCACAGUCUGCUAGACAUGGCCUCCUUCAGCUCAGCCUGUGUCGCAGACCUCUGCCACUGUGGCAACGGCACUGGAGGAGCUGCCGACCCCUUCUGUCUCUGCAACACAGUGUCAGAGUUCUCCCGACAGUGUGUUCAUGCUGGUGGCCAACCAGACAACUGGCGAACUCAAGAGUUCUGUUGGAAGUCAUGUCCUUAUGAAAUGCAAUACAGCGAGUGUGGGAGUCCCUGUGCUGACACCUGCUCCAACCCACAGGCUAGCCUCACUUGUACCAACCACUGCAUUGAUGGAUGCUUCUGCCCCCCAGGCACAAUACUGGAUGAUCUAAGCGCAAAGGGUUGUGUUCCACUGAGCAAAUGCUCCUGCAGUUACAACAGCAGGCUCUAUGGACCCGGAGAGACCUACACCAAUAACUGCAAAACAUGUGUAUGUGAGAACGGCCAGUGGACAUGUGAGGAGGAGAACUGCCCAGGAACGUGUUCUAUGGAGGGAGGAGCUCACAUCCACACCUUCGAUGGAAAAGUCUACAGCUUCCAUGGAGACUGCUCCUAUGUUCUGGCUAAGGACUGCAGUGGAUCUCAGUUUGUGGUACAGGGAGAACUGGUGCAGUGUGGACUGACUGAGAGUGAAACUUGCCUCAAGUCUGUUACCGUAGGACUCUCUGGAGGGGCUAACGUGAUCACCAUCCAGCCCAAUGGCAAGUUGUUUGUGAAUGGCAUCUAUGCCCAGUUACCCUUUUCAGCUGCUGGGAUCUCUGCCUUCUGGGCCUCCUCAUUCUACCUUCUAGUCCAGACCUCGGUUGGUGUUUUGUUGGAAGUACAACUCCAGCCAGUCAUGCAGCUUUACAUAACAGUGACCAGUAACUACAAGGACAAGACCUGUGGCCUGUGUGGAAACUUCAACAUGAACCAAGCGGAUGAUUUUCUUAAGCUCAGUGGUGUUCCAGAUGCCACAGCAGCUGGUUUUGUCAACAGCUGGAAGACACAUGCUGGCUGCCAAGAUGUUAGGAACAACUUUGAGAAACCCUGCAGUCUGAGUCUAGAUAAUGAGAAGUAUGCACAACAUUGGUGCUCCAUGCUGAGUGAUCCUCAGGGAGUGUUUGCCUCCUGUCACUCAGAAAUCAAUGCUGAGCCUUACAAAGAGAACUGCAUGUAUGAUAGCUGUAACUGUGAGAGAAGUGAGGACUGCAUGUGUGCUGCAGUUUCCUCCUAUGUCCAUGCUUGUGCAGCUGCAGGAAUCAUGAUUCAUAAUUGGAGGAGGACAGUCUGUGAGAAAUAUGCCAACUCAUGCCCCAGCAACAUGGUCUACUCCUACAAGAUCACAUCCAACAGUCGCACCUGUCGCUGCCUCAGCAACACUGAUGCCAGCUGUCACUUCACUUUCCCACCUGUUGAUGGCUGCGUCUGUGCAGAGGGAACCUUUUUAGAUGAGUCUGGUAAAUGUGUCACAUUAAAGGGCUGUUCCUGUUAUGACAAAGGCACCGUGGUGCCGCCCGGACAGGUUGUCAACAAGGAAGGCGUUAUGUGCACCUGUAUAGAAGGCAAACUGAACUGCAUUGGAGAGUUUGUUGUAGAGCCAUCAGCGUGUUCUCCCCCAAUGGUGUUCUUCAAUUGUUCAGCUAAUGGUCCAGCUUCAAAGGGAACUGAGUGUGAAAAGAGUUGCAACACGUUAGACAUGACCUGUGUAACCACAGGGUGCACAUCUGGCUGCAUGUGUCCAUCUGAGAUGGUAUCUGACAGUAAAGGAAGCUGCAUCAAGCCAGAGGACUGUCCCUGUGUUCACAACGGCAUCUCUUACCAGCCAGGAGAGGCCACCAAGGUGGACUGCAACACCUGUACUUGUAUAGAGAGGAAGUGGAAGUGCACCACUAAUGAGUGUGAUGGAACCUGCUCAGUCUAUGGGGCUGGACACUACAUGACGUUUGAUCAGAAACGCUUCAACUUUGAUGGCAACUGUGAAUACAUCCUCCUUCAGGACUACUGCGGCAGUGCUCACAGUAAUGGAACUUUCAGAGUUAUCACUGAGAAUGUCCCAUGUGGAACCACAGGAACAACUUGCUCCAAGACCAUUACAAUCUCUGUUGGGGGUGCAGAUCUGAUUCUAAUGGAUGGAGGCUACAAACUCGUGUCAAGUGGAAGUGAGGAAGCUGUUCCAUUCCAGUAUAGGACUAUGGGUAUUUACCUGGUUAUUGAGGUCAACAAUGGACUUGUUCUCAUAUGGGACAGGAAAACCAGCUUAUUUAUUAAGCUCAGCUCAGUUUAUAAGGGUCAUGUGUGUGGACUGUGUGGCAACUAUGAUGACAAUGCAAAUAAUGACUUUACUACAAGGUCACAUGCUGUGGUUGUGAAUCCAUUGGUGUUUGGCAACAGCUGGAAGGAUUCACCCAGCUGCCCUGAUGCUCAGAACAUCUCCAACCCCUGUAUAGAUACACCGUUCAGACAGUCGUGGGCCCAAAAGCAGUGCAGCAUAAUACAGAGUGACGUGUUCUCUGCCUGCCACUCCACUGUGGACCCUGCACCAUACUUUGAGGCGUGUGUGUUUGACUCCUGUGCCUGUGACACCGGUGGAGACUGUGAAUGUUUCUGCACUGCUGUGGCUGCCUAUGCAGAAUCCUGUAACCAAGUUGGCAUUUGCAUAACAUGGAGAACUCCCAGUAUCUGCCCUCUCUUCUGUGAUUAUUACAAUCCUCCUGGUGAGUGUGAAUGGCACUACAUGGCCUGUGGAUCCCCUUGCAUGAAAACCUGCAGGAACCCAUCCGGCAUUUGCUCUACACAACUACCUCCCCUUGAAGGAUGCUAUCCCAAAUGUCCUCCCACUCAGCCAUACUUAGAUGAGGACACAAUGACAUGUGUUAGAAAAGAACAGUGUGGUUGCUAUGAUAAUGAGAGGAAUCACUAUAAUAAUGGUGAAAAAGUCACAACAACUGAAAAUUGUCAUACAUGCAUAUGCAGCUCAGUGACCAUCAAAUGUGAUUAUGAUGUCCAAGCUUGUACUUGCACAUAUAACGGAAACCAAUAUCCCAUUGGUAAGACCAUCUAUAACACAACAGAUGGACAUGGGAACUGCAUGACAGCUGUGUGUGGUAUGAAUGGUACCAUUCACAAAAAUUCAUACCAGUGCCCACUGACAACAACUACUCAGUCCAGCCAGUCCUCAUCCCCUGUUUUUACAUUUACCUCAACAGAGCCAGCCACACACUCAACAUCAACCCCUAACACACCACCUACAACAGAACACGCUUCGGGAACACCUUGUCAAGAAAUUUUAUGCUACUGGUCACAGUGGAUAAAUUCAGACUACCCUCAAUAUGGGCCAGGAGGAGGGGAUAAUGAUACCAUCAAGCACAUUAUCCAGAAAGGUUACGAUAUCUGUGACAAUCCAUUGUCUGUUGAGUGUCAAGCUGUGCACUACCCAGGGGUUCCCUUAGCACAACUAGGACAAACAAUAACAUGUAACACGCAAACUGGACUGCUGUGUGAAAACAAAUUACAGUUUCCACCCAUAUGCAUGGAUUAUGAAAUAAGAGUAAAGUGUUGCAAGACAGUGCAAUGUGGCACAACUACAACUACUACUACUGCUACAUCAUCGUUCACCAGAAAACCAGCACCACCUACCAGCACCACUAAUACUACACCUUUAACUGCUAGUCCCACUACUAAAUCAACCAUAACAACCACAACAAUGCACCCAACCCCUACCAUCUCCUCCUCCACCACCACUACGACUACACAUUCCACUACUACUCCCACUACUACAACAACCACAACAACAAGCACAACAAGAACAACUCAUCCACCUCCUACCACCUCCACCACCACCACUACUAAUACCCCUUCAACUACUACUCCCACUACUACACCAACCACAACAACCACUAGGUCACAACCCACUACACAUUGUCCCAGUGGUCAGGACAUGACCUGCACAUGGUCACAGUGGAUAAAUCUUGGAAAGCCCACAUCAGGUCCCAAUGGUGGAGAAGAUGAAUCCAUCUCGAAGAUCAUCUCUUCUGGCUAUCACAUUUGCAAGAUUCCAGUAGAUGUUCAUUGCAGAGCAGUUCUUUAUCCGGGUCUUUCCAUAUCACAGCUUGGACAAGCUGUUACUUGCAAUAAAGACGUGGGUCUCUUAUGCGACAACAAGCAACAAGGGCUUCAGCAAGAAUGUUUUGACUAUGAGAUUCAAUUCAACUGCUGCGAAUGUUUAACUACAUCUCCAAGUACGACUGAAACCCCUUUCACAACAUCAACCACAACAACAAGUCAGCCACAAUAUACAACCACCACUACUACUACUACCACAACUUCAACAACAACUGAAACACCACCCACUACUACAUCACCUACAACAACAACAACUACAAAAACCACAACUCGGCCACCUCCUACCACCCCCACCACUACUAAUACCCCUUCAACUACUACUCCCACUACUACACCAACCACAACAACCACUAGGUCACCACCUACUACACAUUGUCCCAGUGGUCAGGACAUGACCUGCACGUGGUCACAGUGGAUAAAUCUGGGAAAGCCAACAUCAGGUCCCAAUGGUGGAGAAGAUGAAUCCAUCUCGAAGAUCAUCUCUUCUGGCUAUCACAUUUGCAAGAAUCCAGAAGAAGUCCAUUGCAGAGCAGUUCUUUAUCCGGGUCUUUCCAUAUCACAGCUUGGACAAGCUGUGACUUGCAAUAAAGACGUGGGUCUCAUAUGCGACAACAAGCAACAAGCCCUUCAGCAAGAAUGUUUUGACUAUGAGAUUCAAUUCAACUGCUGCAAAUGUUUAACUACAUCUCCAAGUACGACUGAAACCCCUUUCACAACAUCAACCACAACAACAAGUCAGCCACCAUCUACAACCACCACUACUACUACUACCACAACUUCAACAACAACUGAAACACCACCCACUACUACAUCACCCACAACAACAACAACCACAAAAACCACAACUCGGCCACCUCCUACCACCCCCACCACUACUAAUACCCCUUCAACUACUACUCCCACUACUACACCAACCACAACAACCACUAGGUCACCACCUACUACACAUUGUCCCAGUGGUCAGGACAUGACCUGCACGUGGUCACAGUGGAUAAAUCUGGGAAAGCCUACAUCAGGUCCCAAUGGUGGAGAAGAUGAAUCCAUCUCGAAGAUCAUCUCUUCUGGCUAUCACAUUUGCAAGAUUCCAGUAGAUGUUCAUUGCAGAGCAGUUCUUUAUCCGGGUCUUUCCAUAUCACAGCUUGGACAAGCUGUGACUUGCAAUAAAGACGUGGGUCUCAUAUGCAACAACAAGCAACAAGGGCUUCAGCAAGAAUGUUUUGACUAUGAGAUUCAAUUUAACUGCUGCGAAUGUUUAACUACAUUUCCAAGUACAACUGAAACACCAUCCACUACUACAUCAAUUACAACAACAACUCCACCACCUCCUACCACCACCACCACCACCACUACUACUACUACUACUACUACUACUACUACACCUUCAACAACCACUGAAACAACUACUACACUGUCAACAACAACUGAAACACCACCUACUACAACAUCAACAACAACCACAACAACAACAACUCAGCCACCUCCUACUGCUUCCACCACCACUACUACUACUACUUCUACUGCUACUAAUACCCCUUCAACUACUACUCCCACUACUACACCAACCACAACAACCACUGGGUCACCACCCACUACACAUUGUCCCAACGGUCAGGACAUGACCUGCACAUGGUCACAGUGGAUAAAUCUGAGAAAGCCUACAUCAGGUCCCAAUGGUGGAGAAGAUGAAUCCAUCUCGAAGAUCAUCUCUUCUGGCUAUCACAUUUGCAAGAAUCCAGAAGAAGUCCAUUGCAGAGCAGUUCUUUAUCCAGGUCUUUCCAUAUCACAGCUUGGACAAGCUGUUACUUGCAAUAAAGACGUGGGCCUCUUAUGCGACAACAAGCAACAAGGGCUUCAGCAAGAAUGUUUUGACUAUGAGAUUCAAUUCAACUGCUGCGAAUGUUUAACUACAUCUACCAGUACGACUGAAACCCCUCUUACUACAUCAACCACAACAACAAGUCAGCCACCAUCUACAACCACCACUACUAAUACUACCACAACUUCAACAACAACUGAAACACCACCCACUACUACAUCACCUACAACAACAACAACAACAACCACAAAAACAACAACUCGGCCACCUCCUACCACCACCACCACUACUAAUACCCCUUCAACUACUACUACAGCAACCACAACAACCAUUAGGUCACCACCUACUACACAUUGUCCCAGUGGUCAGGACAUGACCUGCACGUGGUCACAGUGGAUAAAUCUGGGAAAGCCCACAUCAGGUCCCAAUGGUGGAGAAGAUGAAUCCAUCUCGAAGAUCAUCUCUUUUGGCUAUCACAUUUGUAAGCAUCCAGAAGAAGUCCAUUGCAGAGCAGUUCUUUAUCCGGGUUUUUCCAUAUCACAGCUUGGACAAGCUGUGACUUGCAAUAAAGACGUGGGUCUCAUAUGUCACAACAAGCAACAAGGGCUUCAGCAAGAAUGUUUUGACUAUGAGAUUCAAUUCAACUGCUGCGAAUGUUUAACUACAUCUCCAAGUACCACUGAAACACCAGCCACUACUACAUCAAUUACAACAACAACAACAACAACAACAACAACUCCGCCACCUCCUACCACCACCACUACUAUUACUACUACUACUACACCUUCAACAACCACUGAAACAACUACCACACUGUCAACAACAACUAAAACACCACCUACUACAACAACGUCAACCACAACAACAACCACAACAACAACAACUCAGCCACCCCCUACUACUUCCACCACCACUACUACUACUACUUCUACUUCUACUAAUACCCCUUCAACUACUACUCCCACUACUAUACCAACCACAACAACCACUGGGUCACCACCCACUACACAUUGUCCCAAUGGUCAGGACAUGACCUGCACAUGGUCACAGUGGAUAAAUCUGAGAAAGCCUACAUCAGGUCCCAAUGGUGGAGAAGAUGAAUCCAUCUCGAAGAUCAUCUCUUCUGGCUAUCACAUUUGCAAGAAUCCAGAAGAAGUCCAUUGCAGAGCAGUUCUUUAUCCAGGUCUUUCCAUAUCACAGCUUGGACAAGCUGUUACUUGCAAUAAAGACGUGGGUCUCUUAUGCGACAACAAGCAACAAGGGCUUCAGCAAGAAUGUUUUGACUAUGAGAUUCAAUUCAACUGCUGCGAAUGUUUAACUACAUCUCCAAGUACGACUGAAACCCCUUUCACAACAUCAACCACAACAACAAGUCAGCCACCAUCUACAACCACCACUACUACUACUACCACAACUUCAACAACAACUGAAACACCACCCACUACUACAUCACCUACAACAACAACAACAACAACCACAAAAACAACAACUCGGCCACCUCCUACCACCACCACCACCACUACUAAUACCCCUUCAACUACUACUACACCAACCACAACAACCACUAGGUCACCACCUACUACACAUUGUCCCAGUGGUCAGGACAUGACCUGCACGUGGUCACAGUGGAUAAAUCUGGGAAAGCCCACAUCAGGUCCCAAUGGUGGAGAAGAUGAAUCCAUCUCGAAGAUCAUCUCUUCUGGCUAUCACAUUUGCAAGAAUCCAGAAGAAGUCCAUUGCAGAGCAGUUCUUUAUCCGGGUCUUUCCAUAUCACAGCUUGGACAAGCUGUGACUUGCAAUAAAGACGUGGGUCUCAUAUGCGACAACAAGCAACAAGCGCUUCAGCAAGAAUGUUUUGACUAUGAGAUUCAAUUCAACUGCUGCGAAUGUUUACCUACACCCCCAAGUACGACUGAAACACCUCUCACUACUACACCAACCACAACAACUAAAACCACAACUGAAAUGCCUAUAGUGACAGGAUCCUCAUCUUCUGUUCCUACAUCACCCCUUGAAUGCUUUUGCAUUUAUAAUGGUACAAAGUUCCCAUCUGGGUCUAUAGUCUACAAUGAAACCGACUUUGAUGGCCACUGUUACAUAGGAUACUGCAGUGAGAGCUGUGAUAUUGUGCAGAAACAUCACCAAUGUGCCGUCAGUGGGGACUGUGUUGAUAUAUAUCCGCCUAGAAAGGAUGGUCAAAGUUGGAAGGAGAGUAACUGUCUAAUAGGAACAUGUGAUAAUGGAAAGGUAAACUAUACGCACAUGCAAUGUCCAGAUGUGAAGAAGGUGGUCUGUGCAAAUAACUUCCCUCCCAUCGAGGUGUGGGAUGAUGAUAAAUGCUGCUUUCACUAUGAAUGUCAAUGUAUUUGUUAUGGUUGGGGAGAUCCCCAUUAUGUCACCUUUGAUGGAACCUACUAUGGGUUUCAAGGCAACUGCUCCUACUGGCUGGUUAAAGAGAUCAUACCUAAACACAACUUCAGUGUCAUGAUUGAUAAUUACUACUGUGGUGCGCCGGAUGGUUUGUCCUGCCCUCAGUCCAUUACUGUCUUCUACAGAAGCUACAAGAUCUUUAUUACUCAGAAAGAUAUCAAAGGCAUUUUUUUUAACCAGGUUUCUGUGAAUGACAAACCUGUGAGUCCUGCAUACCAGAACGCUGACUUCCGUAUUAUCACCACUGGUAUUGACACAGUCCUUGUCAUCCCUGAAAUCCAAGCCAAGAUCACUUUCUCAGGGCUCAUAUUUAGCAUCUACCUGCCCUAUAGUGAAUUUAGUGGCAACACUGAGGGACAGUGUGGUACAUGUGAUAACAACAGGUCAGAUGACUGCAUGUUACCCAGUGGAAAGAUUGAUGCUUCAUGUCCUAAUAUGGCACACACGUGGCAUGUUAACAACAGUCGCUGUGAACGUCCAGUUCAGCCCACGCCAACUCCUGUACCUUCCAUGUGCAACACAAGCAUCUGUGAGGUCAUCAAGAGCAGUGUUUUUGAAGCUUGCCACAGUAUUGUUGACUACAAUCCAUUUGCGGUGGCCUGUGAAUUUGAUGUGUGCCACAUGCACAUCAGUCAGAUUGGCUGCACCAGCUUACAAACCUAUGCUGAUGCCUGUGCUGAGGCUGGAAUUUGCAUUGACUGGAGGGAAUCCACCAAAGGCCUCUGUGACUAUAAAUGUCCAAGUCCUAAAGUGUAUCAGGCCUGUGGCCCUCUGGUGGAGCCUACAUGUGACUUAUGGUACAGCACUUCACCAAAAUUAUUUUACUCAUUGCCACCAAUUAACCUUCAUUCAUUUAUGCUUCGACUCGAAGUGGCUCUUCAAAUAUAUGAUAUUGUUUCUGCAGGUACAACCAAAAUUCAUCUACACUAUAAACGUCUUCAGUGCCAUGACAAAUGUGAAACUGGAGGGUUGCUACUGCCCAUAUGGCACUUACCUGCUCUCCUCCAAUUCAAAUGAAUGUGUCCCAACCUGUGAAAUUUGUCAUCUGGCAAAUGGAAACUGGACUUUGGCCAAUACGACAUGGACGCAUGGCUGUGAGGAGUGCAAAUGUGAGGAAGACACGCUGCAGGUCACCUGCCAGCCUUUGUCCUGUCCAGCACUGCCUCCGCUCAGCU